AUAAGGAUGCGCAUGCUCAUACGGGAGCGCAACUACAUAACGACUGCUGCUCUAACCUCUAACGCAGUUUGUGCGUGGACGUUCAUGUACAAGUCGCGGUGCGAGAAGUCGUUCAUCAAUACCGUCUCUCUCCUUCCCCAUACCUAUGGCAUGUUGCUCGAGGUGUUCUCACGACACUACGUUGUCAAGUCCGGGCCUUCACGAAGGGGCCGUCCACGGCGGUUCGUGUCGAAGAAUAACGUACUAGCAUGCUUGCUACACACAUACACUGCUGCUGUGGAGCUCUCAGUAGUGCCAGCGUACACGCACAUGUGA